AUGGAUUUGUACGCGGACUUGCCGCUGGCCAAGGGCGCGAAGGCGUCCUCAGCGCUGGAUGCAGACGGCAAGCCCAAGGCCUCUCUGUCCUCUACCAGCUCUGUGUGGGCCAGCACGCCACUGAUGGUCCCACAGGCGGCCAAGAACAAGAAUAACAGUCGACCGACAUCAGUGACCACCAGUAGUAUGUCAAUGCUGCCCGCUGCAUUAGCUGCAGGCAGAGGUAAAAGCCCGACACGUUCGGCCAUCUCAUUGGCCUUUAAGCCAGCGUCAGUGGCCAGGAGAGCAACUGCGAGCAGUCAAGUGAUCCAGAAGAAGCAGGAGCACAAACAGGAAACGCCUCGGCCCGCAGGCAGGGGAUUGGGAUACGUUGCGGCCACAGAGGUCAAGGUGACGUCUGUGCAGCAAGCUCAAAAUCAGGAGAAGGAGGACCUGGAAAUGGGUCUGGGUGCAGGUGGAGGUCACUUUUUCCAGGUGACAUAUCGAGAUGAGUACCAUCCGACCAGACCUAACAGCUACGAAGUUUACUGCAAGGAACGAGAGGAUAGGAAGAAGAUGGAUAUAGUGAAGAAGGAGCUGAGUCGACGACAACGAGAGCAGGAGAGAGAGGGCAAGUUGGAGCGUGAGCAAUUGGCCAAGGAUCUGGCUGAUGGGCGAGCGCCAGCGAUGAAGCUGCCGGUAUCUGCUGGACGUGGACGAGGCAUGACCAUGCCGGCCUGGAUGCGCAAGAAAAUGUUCAGUGUGAAUCGAAGAGCUCAGACGUGA